CACUGGAGGCAUUUCUCGUCUUCCGCCCGACAUCGACAUGCGCGCGAUCGCUGCUGCUGCUGCCGUUGGCCUCGCCGCCGUCAUGGCUGCGCCUGCCGACCUUGGGCUUGGGGCGCCCGUAUUGCCGCAAGUGCUUUCAACGCUGCUGGACGCCUACAAGCCGCUUCUGGCCAACUACACGGCGGCGCAACUGCCGGCGACGAUUGGCAACUGCGGCGCGGCAAACCCACCGACGCCGUGCAUGGACUCUGGUAGCAAUCUGUACGAAGACACGUCGUCGGAUUGGUACAAGGUUACCGCACGCUGGAUGUCGGGCAUCAACACGAUGAGCUUGACAAGCCUCGCCAUGUCGUUCGACGACGCUGGCGCGUUGGCCCUCAACGUCGUUGUCAACUUCAAGGAGCUGCCCAUGAGCCUUCGCGUCGAGGGCUGCCUCUUCAAUGCGUGCGCCAUGGUGCUCGACAACACCAAGUACUGUUGCGGCAGCGACAAGACGGUCACGAUGACAGCGUCGGCGACAUGCAACGAAACGUUUCCGUUCGUGCGCGACGUCGUCUUUUCCGACGCGCAGAUCACGCCGCCGAUGACGGUCCAAGUCACCGUCGCGGGCAAGGCGAUCAAGCUCAAGGAUAUCACGACGGCCGCGCAGGAUGGUAUCAAGACCGUCGCGGGCUCGUUCCUGCAAACCAAAGGCAUUGAUCUGUUGAACAGCCAGAUCAAGGACCUCUUUGGCAACAAGGUCUACUGUUCCCAAGCCUCCAAGGACAGACAGACACCAGCGCCGACGACGACACCUCCCCCCACGACGGCACGGCCCACGGUCGCACCGACUACCGUGACAGUGGGCAGUCAAGCAGGCCCCAGCGCCAAGUCGAGCGCGCCCACAACGCAGCCGUCAAGUGCCCUCGCGUCGUUGCACUAUACCAGCACGGUGCCCAUGCUCCUAAGCUUUCUCGUUGUUUGCAUACUGCAUGCAUAAUCGCAACGAUAACAGAGUAUUUU